CUAAAGGAUGGCUGCUAGGCCUGAUGCCGGCUCGGCAUCCAUCCCAUCCACCCCCUGGUCGUGCUCGAUCGGUGGCUGCAGCUGUGGCUGCGCUGGUGGUGGUGGUGGCGGCAGCGAUUCGAGUAUCAUCGCCAUGAACAGGGCCUUCUGCUCCUCUGCUGACCUUGGCAUGUACUCCUGCAAGGAUGUGUGCAAUGAAUGCAUGGAUGGAUGGAUGGAUGGUGCAUUCGUUGAGCAUCUUGCUGGCUACUACUGUACACCCACCUCAAAGCUGACACCGUUGGGGAUGGGCGCUGCUGCUGCUGGCUCUGCAGCAGGUGGCGCUGAAGCAGCAGCAGCAGCAUGCGCAGCAGACGCGGCCGGCUCAUCUAUCUCGUUGUCCUGACAUAUACACAUUCCACGCCAGACCACGAAUGCACCCCAGUCGAUCAUGCUCCCUCCCCGCCUGUCUGGCCAUGUGCGUGCCUACCAU